AUGGCGACCAAUUCAGGACGAGGCAAUCCGAUUGCCGCCUCUCAGAACCCUACCACCGAGACCCCUCCCCCCGUCGACGCUGAGACCAAGCAGGCUGUUCAGGAGACUGCGGCCUCUGGUGCGGCUGGCACCCAUGCCUCUGGUCAGGACGCUGGUGCUGCCCCCGCCGAGACCAAGGUCAAAUCGGCCAAGGAGCUUGAGAAAGAGCGCAAGAAGGCCGAAAAGGCCGCCAAGUUUGCCCAAAAGAAGGCUGCCCAAGCCCAAGCCGCGCAGGCUGCACCUGCUAAAGCGAAGGAGAAGAAGGUCAAAACCGAGGAAGAGGUCCUCCCCGAAUACGUCAACGAUACCCCUGCAGGCGAGAAGAAGCGGCUCCGGUCCCUCGACGACCCGCAUUACAAGGCCUACAACCCUGUUGCCGUCGAGAGCGCCUGGUAUCAGUGGUGGGAGGAGCAGGGCUUCUUCAAGCCUGAGUUUACCAAGGAUGGCGAGGUCAAACCCGAAGGCAACUUCGUUAUCUCGAUCCCUCCCCCCAACGUCACGGGCUCGCUUCACAUGGGCCACGCGCUCGGCAGCUCGCUCCAGGAUAUCAUGAUUAGGUGGAACCGUAUGCACGGCAAGACCACCCUCUGGCUGCCUGGCUGUGAUCACGCUGGCAUUGCCACCCAGAGCGUCGUCGAGAACAUGCUCUGGAGGCGUCAGGGCAAGACCAGACAUGACUUGGGCCGUGAGAAGUUCAACGAGACUGUCUGGGAGUGGAAGACGGAGUAUCACCAGCGCAUCAAUAACGCCUUCCGCAAGAUGGGUGGCAGUAUGGACUGGAGCAGGGAGGCCUUCACCAUGGAUGCGAACUUGAGCGCCGCCGUGGCCGAGACUUUCGUCCGCCUCCACGACGAGAAAGUCAUCUAUAGGGCGAACCGCCUUGUCAACUGGUGCUGCAAGCUGAACACGGCCCUGUCCAACCUCGAGGUUAUCAACAAGGAGCUCCCCGGCAGGACGCUACUCGACGUCCCCAACUACGACAAGAAGGUCGAGUUCGGUGUGAUUGUCUAUUUCAAGUACCAGAUCGAGGGCUCCGACCAGACCAUUGAGGUCGCCACCACUCGACUUGAGACCAUGCUGGGUGAUACUGGUAUUGCCGUCCAUCCUCAAGACGAGCGCUACAAGGAUCUCGUUGGCAAGAAUGCCGUGCACCCCUUCAUCAAGGGUCGCCUACUCCGCAUCGUUGCCGACGACUACGUCGACAAGGAAUUCGGUUCGGGUGCCGUCAAGAUCACCCCUGCCCACGACCCCAACGAUUUCGCUAUUGGAAAGAGGCACAAUCUAGAGUUCAUCAACAUCUUCACCGACGAUGGUCUCGUCAACGAGAACGGUGGCGAGUAUGCUGGAAAGAAGCGUUUCGACGUCAGGUACACCCUCCAGGAUGACCUGAAGAAGCUGGGCCUGUACGUCGACAAGAAAGACAACCCCAUGACCGUCCCCAUCUGCGAGAGGAGUAAAGACAUCAUCGAGCCCAUGCUCAAGCCGCAAUGGUGGGUGUCCAUGCAGGACAUGGCUGCCAACGCCGCUCAGGCCGUCCGGGAUGGACGCACCAAGAUCAAGCCCGAGACCGGCGAGAAGGCCUUCUACCGUUGGAUGACGGAUAUCCAGGAUUGGUGUAUCUCUCGUCAGCUCUGGUGGGGACACCAGUGCCCUGUAUACUAUGCUGAGGUUGAGGGCGAGACUGCCGAUGGUGCCAACAAUGACCGCUGGUUUGCUGGCAAGACCGAGGAGGAGGCUCGUCAAAAGGCCGAGAAGGCCCUCGGUGGCAAGAAGUUCACGCUGAAGAGGGAUCCUGACGUGCUCGACACCUGGUUUUCCAGUGGCCUCUGGCCCUUCAGCACUCUCGGCUGGCCCUCUAAGACAGAGGACUUCCGGAGGCUCUUCCCGACCAGCGUCCUCGAGACUGGCUGGGAUAUCAUCUUCUUCUGGGUGGCCCGCAUGAUGAUGCUCAGUCUGAAGCUCACUGGCGAGGUGCCCUUCAAGGAGGUCUACCUGCACCCCCUCGUCCGUGAUUCCGAGGGCAGAAAGAUGUCCAAGUCCCUGGGCAACGUCAUCGACCCCCUGGACGUUAUCGCGGGCAUCAAGCUGGAGGAUCUCCACGAGAAGCUUCUCCAGGGCAACCUGCACCCCUCCGAGGUCGAGAAGGCCAAGAAGUAUCAAAAGACCGCGUUCCCCAGCGGUAUCCCCGAGUGUGGUUCAGACGCUCUCAGAUACUGCAUGGCCAGCUACGUCACUGGUGGCGGCGAUAUCAACUUUGACAUCAAGGUCAUGCAUGCGUACCGUCGCUUCUGCAAUAAGAUCUGGCAGGCCACCAAGUACGUCCUCGGCAACCUAGCCAACUACCCCGACUUUGUGCCUCGCAAGACGCGGACGCUCGGAGGCAAGGAGAGCCUUCCAGAGCUCUGGAUCCUGCACAAGAUGAACGCCGCUGCCCGGGAUGUCAACCGUGCCAUUGCCGAGCGCGAGUUCCAGAAGAGCACACUCGCCGUCUACGUUUACUGGUACAACCAGCUCUGCGACGUCUUCAUCGAGAACUCAAAGGCCAUCAUCCAGGAGGGCUCCAAGGAGGAGCAAGAGUCGGCGCUUCAGACCCUCUACACGGCUCUCGAGAGCGCCCUGCUGCUCAUCCACCCCUUCAUGCCCUUCAUCACCGAGGAGCUUUGGCAGCGUCUACCUAGGCGGCCCGAGGACAAGACCCCAUCCAUUGUCAUUGCUUCCUACCCCGUCUUCGAAGAGAAAUUCGACAACCCGAAGGCCGAGGCUGCCUAUGAGCUCGUCAUUGGCGCCUCCAGGGGUGUCCGGUCGCUCAUGUCGGAGUACUCUCUUAAGGAUGAGGCUCAGGUCUUUGUCCAAACCUUUGACGAGACGGCCCACCGCACCGCUACCGAGCAGAUCCAGGCCAUCAAGUCGCUCUGCGGCAAGGGUAUCGCCUCGCUCGAGAUCCUCGACUCGGCGGCCGCCCGCCCCCACGGCUGCGUCGCCUUCCCUGUCUCGGCCAGCGCCGCCGUCUACCUGCACGUCAGGGGCCGCGUCGACAUCGACGCCGAGAUCACAAAGGCCAAGAGCAAGCUCGAGAAGACGCGCGCGGGCAUCGCCAAGCAGAAGAAGACGAUGGACGACCCCAAGUACCAGGACAAGGUGACGGACGCGACGCGCGAGGCCGACGGCAAGAGGCUCGCCGACGCCGAGAGCGAGGAGCGGCACCUCGAGGGGACGAUCAAGCAGUUUGAGGGCCUGAAGCUCGAGGCUUAA